UUCGAUUCUACGCAAUUUUAGAUGUCCAGAAAACAUAUCUUUUCACUUUUUGGUCUCAACUACCAAUCUUGAAACCCUAAUUCAGUGCAUUUUCCUGAAUUGAAGUUCAAGGGGAGAGAGAGAGGAGAAGGGAGUGGGUCAUGUUUUGUAAGAUUUAAAAAGGUGGUCAAAUUUUGAUAGCAUUGUUACCCUAAUUAAUAUACAGUGUAAUUUUUCCUUUCUAAUUUCAAGACUUAAAAGAAUACCUUUAGUUAAAUUGUCUCAAAAAAGAGGAUACAAAGAGGGAGCGCGCGCAAACAAACGUUCAAAACGGCCGAGGGGAAAUUAUACAUAGCAAAACAUAGAACAAAGCUGGCUGUUAUCCUGUGGGAACAAUGCUUCUCUGCUGGAUUUUUCCAUGGAGACAGAAAUUUCUUGUUCGUAUCGGUCUUUUCCAAUUCUCUCACUCUUUCGUGCUUAUAAAUCAAAUGAAAUUCUCAAUCUUAUUGCUUCUCACCAUCAACAAUUCGCUAACUUCAGCUAAUCUCUUCUGCAUCUUUCUCAAACUUUAUUAAAGUUCAUUACUUUAUUGGAGAUCCGCAAAAGGGGUUUUGUUUUCUCUCUUGGAGAAGGAAUUAGUAAUGGGAGAGAUUGAUACAAAAUCAAUUGAAUCAGUCCAAGCCGCGCUUUCUUUGUUUGGAGAGAAAUCAUCUGACGUCAAGAAGAAAUAUAGAUCCACUUCAUGUAUUAAUAUGGAGAUGGAGAAGGAAAAAGAUAUUGGAAGUGUAUUAAAAUACUUGGCAAAUCUGAAAAUUGAACUUGAGGCGAAGGAUUCUGCACACAAGCAAGCACUUCUUAAGCUAGACCAUAAUGAAAAUACAGUUGAUGAACUAUACACCCUUUUAAUGAGCUCUGAACUCGAGAAGGAGAUUUACACGAUAGAAUGUAGAGCGUUAAGGAUUCAUGUACUUGAACUUGAGUCAAGAAUUCAGAAGAUGGAUGACCGAUUUUUGGAGUCUGUAAUGACACGAGGACAGCUCUCACAUGCCAUCGAUGAGUUGAAGGCCACACAAAGAGAACUAGUGGGAGAAAGAGAUGCUAAACUCGAAGCCUUGACACAAGUAGAAGUGAUGGAAAAAUCUUUGAGCAAGGAAAAGUUAAAGACUGAUGAGCUAUUGAGGAAUGUUUCAAAGCUCAAUGAGACCGUUUUGCACUUGAGAAUGACUGCUUCUGAGGCAGAAGAAAGCACUGCUCUUUUGUAUGAGAGAAAGGCCGAGUUGGAAUUAGAAGCAGCAAAUGCAAAGGAAGAAAUAGAAUUUAUGAGCCAUCACUUCGAAAUAAUGCAGAAUUUGGAAAAUGAGCUAUUGAACAAGUCUGCACUUAUCGAUUCAAUGAAAGCAGAAUUCCAGGAAGUAAAUGAGCUUUGCUCUUCUUAUGAGAAAGUCACUUCAGAUGCUGCUAGUGAGGUGAAAAAGUUAAACGAGGCUCUCGAAUUACAAGAGAGAAAGAAUUGGGAUCAGUCUGGUUAUACCAGUUUAUUGGAGUUGGAACUCAGGCAAGUAAAAGGGGAACUCAAUAAAGCCAACGAACAGGCUGCUCGAGCCAAUGCAGAUGUUGAGACGAUUAAAAAGGAAAUGGUUGAGACUAGAGAAAAGGAAUCAGAAGCACAAGUUGAGAUAGCAUUUCUAAAAUCUGAGCUUCACAAAGGGAGGUCGAAAAUUGUAGCAGCGGAGGUUGCUGAUUCAUUAUCCAAUAGUGAGAAAUCAGCUUUACAUCUUGCAGUUCAGCAGCUUGCCUUAGAGGCUGAAGAGGCCAAAAAGGAAAAUAAGAGACUAAAAGAAGCUAGUAAAUCAUCUGAAGAAAGUCGAAAUGAAGAAUCAGAAGAGGGAAACGGAGAGGCUAAGGCCUAUGUCACAGUACCAAGAGAGGAGUAUGAGCGAGUACUCGAGAAUGAGCAGUUGAUCAAGAACAAGGAGCCAGUUCAUGAAGAACCAAGUGAAAUUCAAGUACUGAAGAAAGAACUGAAAACAGCAACGGUGAAAAUUAGCGAGUUGAGGACGAGAGCUGAGCAGGCGAUAAGCAGAGCUGAGGCAGCUGAGAAGGGUAAAGCUGCACUUGAAAAUCAGAUAAAGAGGUGGAAGGAACAUAAAGAGAGAAAAAAGGCAGCAUUGGCAGCACUUAGAGAGGAGUCCAUUUCCAGAGAAAUUACUGAAUACAAGUCUGAUACUUCUCCUAAAACAUUACAACCUCUUGGUAAGGUUCUCAGGAUGAAUUUCUAGUUACACCAAAUCUACUGCAAAACUUUUCAAUAGCAAGAAAAGCUUUCUGUAUUAUAAGUUUGCUAGUUUGGACUGGUAGUGCAAUGUGAUUUUAUUGAUCUUGUUACUUUUAUGUCCCAUAUUCUUGUUAAUUGUUCUUGGUUCAAGUUUAGAUGUAGUAUUCAUACAUACUAUGUA